CUUAAAUGGUGUAGAUUAAACUACUGAUGUUACACAGGAUAGAAUAAUGUAUAUAUAUUGUACUACAAAUAUUUGUGUUUUUAUCAUAUCUUGUAUAAAGUUGUUACAGUGUAGUGAAGAUAUAGACUAUAUCUAAAGAUAAUAUAGACUCUUUAGUCUGGUUUAUUUGGAGAUUGCUUGUCUACACUGCAAACUUGUAUUUUAAUAAUGUAUUUUGUGUUGGAAGCAACGUACCAAGACAUUAUAAUACUAUGUCAUACAAGAACGGUAACUCAAAUAAACUUAAGAGAAAAUUUUAAAAGUAUAAUGAGAUUUUUUAGACGUUAAGGUAAAAUGACGGGACGUCAUUUCACGGACGGGGGAAAUAUGUAGUAGGGUCAUUUAUCCCCAUUGGAUACCUCUAUUCCUAAUUGUCCCUCAUUUUAUAGUUCAUUGAUUUUAGUUCACGAAAUCUCGUGUUCAGGGAGAUUUCGCGGGACUUUCUGAAAGUUGGUUGAAUGGAAAAGGCGUUGGAUAUCGCUUGGUAUCAAAUGUACUUUCUUACAAGUUUUACUGUUCACCUCAAGCUCUUUUUAGUCUCUGCAAUUGGUCAUCUUACAAAGCAAGUUCCAGCACAGCACAGUAGAAGUUUGUAUGAAUGGCAGAGUGAUUUGUGGUUUACAGUUCGGAGUACUUUGUGGUUUACAGUUCUUACAGAACUGAGCCAGGGUUACGAGGAUUAUGAGAGCUAUGAGGAUGAUGCUAAAGACAGCUUUGAUAAUACUAUAAGUGAUGAAUCUAAAAUGACAAUGAUUGUUGUAGAAGUAAAUAUAGUUAUAGAAGUGAAUAAAUUAAAUCCACGUCUGACGUCUCGUUUGUAUUUAAAUAAAGUAAGGAAAACCAACGAGAUUACACUUCUAAUCAAGGUACUGUUUAUGUAUGCUAUGUACUUGGAUACACCAGUUCUAUAA